UUCUCACUUCAAUAAAAGCACUCAUGUGUACAGUUUCAGGAGUACAAGAAACGCAUGUCAAAGACAGAAAAUGUACUUUAAUGUACAAAUCACGAGUCUGUACAUUUUUCUAUGCCAGCUGAUAUUAGGAGAUACUUUAACAUUUGAAGAGGCGACAUUAUUAAGAAAUAAUCAAUUAAGGGCUCUACAUGUGGGAACUCCUCCGAUGACAUGGGACACUGAAUUAGCUGACUUUGCAAGUAAAUGGUGUGAACAUCUAGCAGCAACAAAUACAUUAGAUCACUCAAAUUGGAGAGUUCGACCUGACGAAGCUGGGGAGAAUUUAUACAAAAUUAAAGAAGUUGUACCACUUCGCUUAUCAGAAUUGGAAAACCUAGGGGCCGAAGCAACACAAAGUUGGUACGAUGAAAUAAGUAGUUACAAGUACGGAAACCCAAAGUUUGACAGAAGAACCGGACAUUUUACUCAGGUCGUAUGGGCAGAAUCCAUCAAGUUGGGGUGUGGGUGGGGUCAAGGUCUUCAGGGAGGACUGAACACUUACGUUGUGUGUUGUGAAUAUUCUCCCCCUGGAAACUUCAUUGGAGAGUUCGCCAAUUGGGUUAUGCCUCUAAAACCCAAAAGGUACGCUACCGUACCACCAGCUACCCCAAAUAAUGUUCUCACGGCAACUACCCCGAGGCCAACAAGUCGACCAAAACCAGGGACAAAAGGCCACGUUCCAUCGGACCCGGAGAACGGAAAGAUGAAAUAUGACUGCAAAGAAGAUGUGUGUACAGUGAAAUAUACUUGCGAUCCAUGCUUCGAGUUAUCCGGGGGAUUACAAAAGGCAAAUUGUCAGAGCGAGACAAAGUGUGACGGGGCGGAACGCUUCUGUAUAUUUUCUGGAGACGCAACCGUUUGCAAACGAAAGGAUCUGGGGAACUUCUGUGACGAGAAGUUAGGCUGCUCAUUUGGAUGUCCGAAGAUGGAGCCCCCAAUGCAUGGGUCAGUCUCUGCACACACAGGGGCAACGGGAGAUACCAUCACGUAUACGUGCAACGAUGGUUACUUGCUAACCGGUGUUUCGGAGAGGACGUGUUUAGAGAACGGGAAGUGGAGUGGGGACGGGUUGACUGUUUGCUUGGAUACCACAAAAGAUGAUUGCGUCAUCGCAGAAUUUGAAGCAAAGUUAAAAUCCUGUGGUAAAGGCAAGAGAGGAUUGGUACGAUUGGGACAAGAGGCUCCAUUCGCAAUUGACUUUAAAUAUCGAUUCACAAACCCCUGUCCCAAUGAUAAACCAUUGACGUAUCACAUAUGGAUGGAUGGAAUCGAUGGAACCAGUAAAAACAUGAAGGUGAAUGUAGAAGGAGCGUCCACAGACAGCCCUGGGAGCCUGACAAACUGGUUGGAUAAAGGAAAAAAAUACACAACAACUAUAGAGUGUGCUGAAGUAGGACCCCAAAUCUUGAAAUUCUCCGCGUGGGUUCUUGGUAGAAACACAAAGGUCGUAACAGAGUGUAAAAUUCAAUGUGUCAAAUAGUCUUUCUCAGGGGAAUGGUCAUGUUACCUCAGGGACAAAACAAGUCAGGAUAGUCUCACUAACAGUCAAAACCCAUAUAAUUUUACUGGAAUGACAAUAAAUAUUAAUUCUUGUAAAAUGAAAAUUGUCUUAUAUAUAGCAGGAA